AUGAGCAUCGGCGCCCAGCGAGGCCUGGCCAGCUCGGGGCAGAAACACAUCGCAGAGAUUCUCCACCCGCUGUCCGCCGCGGACGAGCCGCUGUCUCCGGGGCCAGAUGUCGGCGUCCCCGCUGGAGGCGACAAGGAAGGAGGGCUAUCCAAUGGCACGCCGGCGGACACGCCGAGUCCCGCCUCGGCAUCUUCACUAUUCAACAGGCUGCAGCUGGACGAUGACAUCGAGUCAGACCCACGGGACUAUUACAGCUCCACAGAAAUGCGUGACCUGUUUGUCACAGUGGAUGAUCCAAAGAAGCAUGUCUCCACCAUGGAGACCUACAUCACCUAUAGAGUGUCCACCAAGACAACGCGGAUUGAGUUUGACCUUCCAGAAUAUUGUGUGCGGCGCCGCUAUCAAGACUUCGACUGGCUUAGGAUCAAACUGGAGGACAGCCAACCCACCCACCUAAUCCCUCCUUUACCAGAGAAGUUCGUAAUGAAGGGUGUGGUGGAUCGCUUUUCGGAAGAGUUUGUUGAAACGCGAAUGAAAGCCUUGGACAAAUUCCUGAAGCGUGUUGCAGACCACCCAGUCCUAUCUUUCAAUCCACAGCUCAACGCUUUUCUGUCUGCUAAGGACUUGAACAAACGUCAGGGUCUGGCGCUGCUCACCAAAGUGGGCGAGUCGGUAAAGUACGUAGCCGGAGGUUACAAGCUGCGGGUGAGGCCGCAGGAGUUUUGUGCCAUGGGCGAGUACCUGGACACCUUCAGCCAGAAACUGGGCACGAUUGACCGCAUUGCUCAGAGGAUCCUCAAAGAGCAGUCAGAGUACUUGGCUGAGCUGCGGGAGUAUGGCACAGUGUACUCCAGCUGGACGGGCUCAGAAGAGGAGCUGCAGCGCCCCCUGGAGGGUGUGGCGAGCUCCGUUUCGACGUGUUGUGGGGCAAUGGAUGAGCUGGUUGAAAACAUGGGCCAAGACUUCCUGCCUGUACUCAGAGAAUAUAUGCUCUACAUCGAGUCCAUGAAGAAUGUUUUGAAGAAGCGCGAUCAGACUCAGGCGGAGUACGAGGGACGCCUGGAAGCUGCCAUACUUCGCAAACAGGAGGACAGAACACCUAUGCCAUCUGAGGUGGAGCGCUGCCAGGACAAGGUAGAGUGUUUCAAUGCUGACUUGAAGGCUGACUGGGAGCGCUGGCAGAGCAACAAGCGACAGGACUUUAAGCAGCUUCUCAGUGGCAUGGCUGACAAAAACAUCAAUUACUAUGAGAAGUGCCAAGCAGCAUGGGAGUCGCUCAUAAGUGUCCUGCAGGACAAACAGACUGAUGACCAAACGAGCGAGACGGACUGA